AGGCCGGAAGUUGGUGUUGGAGAAGAGAUCGGCUGCUAAAAAGAGAGGAACCAUCGCUGCAGCCUGAAAAAUCAAGCUUUAUUAACCCUUGAAAUUUCUACAUGAAACACCCAGAAUCAUCGAUCGUGGUGAAAAGAUGGCUGACGUUGAUUUCGGAGAUGUGGAACUGUUUGAACAAUUAGAUGACCCCAGGCCGCCGGAACCCACCCACAUUCGCUUUCCAGAUGACGCGGAGGACCACGAAGAGGUGUCGUUGUUACGAGGCCGGUUGGGUGAAUGUGAUGACCACAUUGAGAAGCUAACAGAGGAGAAUAAAGCUUUGAGAAGAAAGCUGAAGGUCCUGACACGACCCAGUGGCAUUACGGUCGAAGAUGUCAACAUCAAUGGACCCGUGAUUCAAAUCAUAUAUUUAAACAAUUUCAUAUCAAAGCAAUGCCGGCAAGAAAUCGAAGAUAGCGUCUGCAAUGUAAUACUGCGGCAACAAAAGGCGGGCAGUACAACAAGUCAUUCCUCCUCCUCCUCCUCCUCCUACUUGAAGCCUCAGCCUUCUGCAUUUGCAAUGGAUGAAGACCCACAGAAGUCAUCCAGCACUCGUGUGAAAACAACAACAGAAGCCUUUAAAGUGGUUGGAAGCGUCCUGCACUUCACCACCUUCAGUGUGGACCAACUUGGACAGCCGCUGCAGAAUGAAAACCCUCAGGUGACCAGCGGAUGGGAAGUGCCAACCUAUCUGCAGGUUUUCAACCAAGUCAUCGGCACGGAUGGGCAGGAGAUAGAAAUGAAAGAUAAACGGCCCAAAUCCACCUGUUUUAACUGUGGCUCAAGUGCUCAUCAAAUGAGAGACUGCCCUAAGCCCAGAGACAUGGCCGCCAUUAACGAGAGAAGAAAGGAGUUCCAGAACAACAACCCGUCCCUGCUGAGUAAUCAGCGGUACCACGCUGAUGAGGUGGAGGAGCGAUUCUCCAAAUACAAGCCUGGAAUCAUGAGCGAGGAGCUUUUGGGGGCGCUGGGAAUCGACAUAAACACUCUCCCUCCUCUCAUCUAUCGCAUGAGGCUGCUGGGAUACCCGCCCGGGUGGCUCAAAGAGGCAGAAAUGGAGAACUCUGGUUUAACACUGUAUGACGGAAACGUGUCAAAUGACAACAGUGCGACCAACAACACCGCAACACAAAACCUCUCAUAUGAUGUUUCUAAACUGGUCGACUUUCCAGGCUUCAAUGUGCCGGCGCCGCACAAAAUGAAAGACGAGUUUGUGCGCUACAGUUCCGUUCCUAUGCACAGCAACCACCUGAAGCACAACUACGCAGCCUACCUGUCCAGCCACUUUGCUGCGCCCGAUGGUCGUACUAACAAGAGGCAUCACGAGUCCGACUCCUCUCAGCAGCACAGGAAGAGGCCAAGAUCCAGCCCCGAUGGGAGCUCUGAUAUGGAUAUUGAAUCGGAUCCUGGAACUCCUUACAAAACUCAACGUCAGGGUGACUUCCACUUCCAACCGCCACUGCCGCCUGGCUCGCCGUGCUUCAGCUCACCCCCUCCUCUACCCCACGGCACCCCGCCUGCGACACCCACACCCCCGCCUCUCCCGAAAAGCACACCGCCCACCAGUGGCUCCCUGAGGACAAUGCGAGAAUCUAACUGGGUGGUGGUGGACGAGGCGACAGAGGGACAGGAUGACGACCUCACCCUGGAGGAGCUGGAGGAGCAGCAAAGGCUGAUCUGGGCAGCGCUCCAAAACGCAGACACCACCACCAACAGUGACUCGGAGACACCCGUGGGGGGGAGUUUGACGAGCGUGUCCCCACCGGCGCGGGGUGACUCUGAAAUGGAGGAGGUUGAAGAAGUGACGGACAAAAGGUUGCCUGGUGAGGUUGAUGCACAGACCCCAGUUGAAGACAAAAGGUUGCUGGGUGAGGUUGAUCCACAGACCCCUGUUGAAGAUCAGAAUGACAGCCCCCAAAGCCCCGAUCCAAUCAGACCCCAGGAUGGUCUUCCUAAGGUCAAAUGUCAAGAUAGUCCAGGUCCAGCUAAAUUGCAAGACAACAGUUCAAUCAAAUCCCAGGAAGACAGCCCCCAAAGUCCUGGCCCCAACCAAUCCCAGGAAGACAGCCCCCAAAGUCCUGGCCCCAACCAAUCCCAGGAAGACAGCCCCCAAAGUCCUGGCCCCAACCAAUCCCAGGAAGACAGCCCCCAAAGUCCUGGCCCCAACCAACCCCAGGAAGACGGCCCCCAGAACCCCGAUCCAGCAGCCUCCCAGGAUGUAAACGGAGCCUCCCCCAAGCCAGAAACCAACAAGGUGUCAGCGGUUCCUCAUCGAAGCAAGUUCGCAGAGGGCAUCGUGCCUUUCGAGGACACUCCGGAAUACACGGAAGUGGCCGAAGCCACGGGGACGUACCUCCGCAUCAGAGACUUGCUCAAGAGUUCGCCUCGAAGUUUGGCUAAGAAAAAAUAAUCGUAAUGAAUACGUUCUUGGCCACGUUAUGUAUCAUAUUUUAACUGCUUUUUUUAUGUACAGAGUCUAAGGCAGGCAGGGACAUUGAACCACAGGUAUCAUUUUGUUUUUUCUUGUUUUUAUUUGUAAAAAUGUUAAUUUAGUGACAUGUAUGAGUUUUAUUUUUGGUCCCCUACUUAACUACACUUUGAAGUAAACAAGCCUGAUUUGCGUGUUUAUUUUUUUAAUCACUCAUUCUAUGUACUGUAUAUCUAUCUCGUCAGCUGCAACCCUUAUAAGGAGAAGCACUACAGAAAAUGUUGGAUGGAUAAAUAACACUUUUCAAUGAGACAUGUUCAGUUGCCAGGAGCAAAUUUGUUUCUUUUUGUGUAGCCUAGCAAUCAGUAUUGAAAAUGAAUUGCUGGAUACAUUUUGGGAUUUAAAAAAAUGUAUUUUUUUUUUUAUCUGGAUGCUUUUUUUGUCACCAUGUUGCUUUUUAAGAGAUGGAUAUUCAGUGAGUACUGUAAAUGUGGGAUUAAAAAUUUUGUUUUUAAUUGGUCUUUUUUUGUCACGUGGAACAAAUGUGUCGCUUUCUGUGUAGUAUUGCCAUUUCCGCUAAAUCAGUCCCGUGGUUUUCAAUGAGGUAACAAAUGUGUCGCUUUUUGUGUAGUAUUGC